UUGUAUGUGUGGACCUCACAUUAUGAGUGGUUGAGAUGAGAGUAGGGAUCGUAGGGGUUAUAUGUUUGUGAAGUCUCAAUAACAAUUGAAUUUUGUUUACAAAAUUGACAUUGCCACCUCAUGAGCUGUUUCCACACAAUUUCACUGCCAACAACUCUUCAAUUAUGCCGAGGAAAGGAAAUUACAGUGAACUUCCUCAUAAAACUAACGCUCCGCGUUCCAGGUCUAUCACAGCAAGCUACCUCAGUCCCAAGUUUCCGUUACUAUACUAUAAAAUCAUCUCUACAGCUUAGAUUAUAGUUUCAUAGCUUCUUCUUCUUCUUCAUCAACCAUGCCUCUGCAAUCUCGAAAAUCCAGCGAUACCAUCAUGUUUCUCGACAAAGCUCACUCAGUUCAAAAAACCAACAAGCGAUUGCGAAAGACCUUCAGAGUCAUCUAUUUUGUUGUUUCUUUGGCCAAGAAAGUCAUUGCCAAUGGAAAGAACACCCAAUUCCUUCCGAGGUUCUCGCCCAGCCCAUCUUACGUUGCAAUUGAUAUUCAAGCCAUUGAUGAUGUUGAUGACAAUCACGAUCACGUAUGCUUAUUUGAUAUUGAUCAGAAAGCACUCUCCGAGAUGGUGAGAGAGAAGAACUUUAACAGUCUCUGUCAAUAUGGAGGGGUAAAAGAGGUUGCGGCAAUUCUUGAAACCGACAUGAAUGUUGGUAUCACUGCCAAGGAGAGUGAUAUUAAGCACAGAAUCGAUGUGUUUGGUUCGAACACGUACGAGAAACCACCAGCAAAGAGCUUUCUCAGUUUUGUCUUUGAAGCAUUCAAAGACACCACCAUCAUUAUACUUCUGGUAUGUGCGGUGUUCUCUCUCGGGUUCGGAAUCAAACAGCACGGUCCCACAGAAGGGUGGUACGAUGGGGGGAGCAUUAUCGUUGCUGUCAUUCUAGUCGUGGUGGUUUCUGCCAUCAGUAACUUCAAGCAGAGCAGACAGUUUGACAAGCUUUCCGAUGAGAGCAGUAACCUGAUGAAAGUGGGAGUGGUGAGAAAAGGCCACAGACAACCCAUAUCGAUUUUUGAAGUCGUAGUGGGUGACAUUGUGUGUCUAAAGAUUGGUGAUCAAGUUCCGGCAGACGGGUUGUUCUUGGAUGGACACUCAUUGAAAGUGGAUGAAUCAAGCAUGACAGGGGAGAGUGAUUACGUCGAAGUAAAUGAAACCGAUAAUCCAUUCUUGCUCUCCGGUACCAAGGUGACAGAUGGGUACGGUCACAUGCUUGUUACUUCGGUAGGCUUGAAUACAGCAUGGGGUGUAAUGAUGAGCUCGAUAAGCCGUGACUCAGAUGAGCAAACACCAUUACAAGCUCGGCUUAACAAACUGACAUCUUAUAUCGGAAAGGUCGGUUUACUGGUGGCUUUCCUUGUUCUCGUAGUUUUGCUCAUCCGGUACUUCACAGGAAACACUGAAGAUAAGCACGGGAACCGAGAAUUCAACUACGGCAAGACUAAAGCGAAUGAUGUCAUGAAUGCCGUUGUGCGUAUUGUUGCUGCGGCAGUUACGAUUGUUGUGGUGGCGAUCCAAAAUACUAUGAUUCAUAUUUUUUGA